CUUCUGCGCUACGGAUGCAGAGGCUGUAACCUAGCCGCCGCAGCGCCCCCAACUCCGCAGUCGCAGCAUCAGCACCGUUGGACCCGGCUGGAGCCGGCUGCUUGGCAGGAUGUCUGGCGCGCCUCCAAGUUACUCUUUUGUGGCUCUGCCACCUCGAGCUAAGGACGGUCUGGUGGUAUUUGGGAAAAAUUCAGCUCGGCCCAGAGAUGAAGUCCAGGAGGUUGUGUAUUUCCCAGCUGUUGACCAUGACGCUGAGAGCAAAGUUGAGUGCACUUACAUCUCAAUCGACCAAGUCCCCAGGACCCACGCCAUCGUGAUAAGCAGACCUGCCUGGCUCUGGGGGGCAGAAAUGGGAGCCAAUGAACAUGGGGUAUGCAUAGCCAACGAAGCCAUCAAUGCCAGAGAACCAGCUGCUGAGACGGAAGCCUUACUGGGAAUGGAUCUGGUCAGGCUUGGCUUAGAACGAGGGACAACAGCUAAAGAAGCCCUAGACAUCAUUGUUUCUUUAUUGGAUGAGCACGGACAAGGUGGAAAUUAUUAUGAAGAUGCCCACUCCUGCCAUAGCUUCCAAAGUGCAUAUCUGCUGGUGGACCGAGAUGAAGCCUGGGUGCUGGAGACUGUAGGGAAGUAUUGGGCUGCUGAGAGAAUCACAGAGGGAGUGAGGUGCAUUUGCAACCAUCUUUCCCUCGCGACUAAGCUGGAUGAAGAGCACCCAGAACUCAGGACUUAUGCUCAGAGUCAAGGCUGGUGGACGGGAGACGACGAAUUCAACUUUGCCCAGGUUUUUUCUCCAGCCGAUGACCGUUUGGACUGCUGUGCAGGCCAAGACAGCUUAGAAAAGCAAGAAGAAAGCAUCACUGUGCAGACGAUGAUUAACAUCUUACGAGACAAAGCCAGUGGUGUUUGCAUAGAUUCUGAGUCUUUCCUCACCACAGCCAGUAUAGUGUCUGUCUUGCCUCAGAACAGAAGUUCACCGUGUAUCCACUACUUCACCGGGACCCCAGAUCCUUCCAGGUCCAUAUUCAAGCCUUUCAUCUUUGUUGAUGAUGUAAAACUUGUCCCCAAAGCACAGUCACCCUGUUUUGGUGACGAUGACCCAGCCAAAAAGGAACCUCGGUUCCAGGAGAAGCCAGACCGCCGACAUGAGCUGUACAAGGCACACGAGUGGGCACGUGCUGUCAUCGAGAGUGACGAGGAGCAAGGUCGCACCCUGAGGAAGACCAUGCUGGAGUUGGAGAAGCAAGGCCUGGAGGCCAUGGACGAGAUUCUGAGCAGCCCCGAGCCCCCGGACCCCGCCGAGGUGGGGGACCUAUUCUAUGACUGUGUGGACACCGAGAUGAAGUUCUUUAAGUGAUAAUUCCAAAUUGCAAUUCAAAUUCGUGAGCAGAAUCAACGGCCUGUCUAACCUCUGCAAAAGCCGGAUAUCCACACCAAGGCUGCGCGAACACAUGCGCAGAACUGUACUUGCUCGCUUCUUGCUUGGAGACAGGAUGAGCGGCCCCUUCGCUGGUGCUGAAGAAUACAGGUGAUGUCUGGACUUUUUGCUACCCCAUGAAAGGUUAUCUUAUGCAAUGGUGCAACUCUGCUGUCUAGAUGGGCCACUGUCGGCUUCGUUCCCUGCCCCAUUCCUUCACAAAUUCCUGCAUUGUCUCCUGGGGCUGUGUCAUAAAGCAAGCUCUCAUGCUUGUGUCCAGCCCUCCUCCACAUAGCAACCAGCCUGACCUUUUCAAGGGUAAACGGGCAUGAGGUUUACCAUGGCACUUUCCUCUAUAAAAUUCAUUUCUGUCUCAGAACUGCUCUUCUGCAUCCAGCUCAAAAUCCCCUAUAGCACAAGGUCCUUAGGGACCAGCCUAGAUUUUCCAUUUCACCAGCGAGCUUACCUCCAGACCCUGACUCGAGCUAUCGCAUUGAUCUUUUUAUACUGGCGUUUUGGCAAUCUUCCAAGAAGCCUUGCGAUCCUGGAAGACUCCGUGUUCCUAGAGCAGUGUUCCUACCUUCAACAGAGCACCUGCCACCCAGAUCACUCCAGGAAUACCUGCAAUGGCCUUCCAUCUCAUACAGAAUAAAACAUUCAUGCCCCUGCCUGAGCUCCCAUGUUCACCCAUAAGCAGCAGCAAUAGCAGCAUUCCUAGACAAGAUCGCGGAGCACAUUAGUUUAGGUAUUACGUUAGUAACUGAGGGCUUUUCUCUUGAGCCUCCUCAAGUCCUGGGAACUAAUGUAUAAAGUCGUUCAUCAGUGACAAAUGCUGUAUGUUUUGGUUGGAAAUCCAGUCUCCUUAUAUAUCUAAUGUCCUUUAGAACUUGUGGCUCUGGGGCAGUUGGACUUCUGGUUUUCUAUGUACAGCCUAAAUCUUUCUCUCUCCACAGUGACUUACUACUCCUCUGAUGUUUCUUCCUACUUUUCAAAGGAUUUCCUAUUGAAGGGACUUCAAGACUUGUUAUCAGAGAAUAUGGUUCUUCUGUUUGUUUAUUUGUUUAGCUGUAGUCAUUUUGUAAUGAUCCUGACUCCACAGACCCCAGCCUGCCUGUUCUUAGAAAGCACCCGAAUGCAGGAGAAAGCUGCAGCCCUCCAAGGCUAUCUCAAGACUGAUUCCCCAUAGUAUCCUCUCACCUAUAUUCUGUGGUGAUUUGACGGAGAACAGGCCCCAUAGCCUCAUAUACUUGAAUGUUCAUCACCAGAGAAUAGCACUAUUUGCAAGGAUUAGAGGUUGGGAGGUGUGGCCCUGUUGGAGGAAAUUUGUCACUGAGGGGUUGGGGGUGGGGUUGAGGUUUCAAAAGCCAGCGCCAGGACCUGGUUCUUUCUGGUUCCUUGCCUCCAGACCAGGGUCUAGCUCUUAGCUACUGCUCCAGGGCUUGUCUGCAUGCACACCACCACGAUCCCCGACAUGACAAUAAACGGACUAAACCUCUGAAACUGUAA